AUGCUUAGUGUCUCUGAAGUCAGCAAGCGAUUAGAUAUGUCUUCAUCGCUCGGAGGUUUCCUAGCCCCUCGUGCUGAUUCAAGCCGCUGUGGUAUAUUAGGAAACGAUUUCGAUAAGUACAACACCGGUACUGGUCUUUGUAGUAAUUUGAAAGUUAAGCAACGUGUUUACUGCUCAGCGGGAUCUCUGCCAGAUAUCAUCCCUAAGAAGCAGUUAGAUGGCACUUGUGGCACUUAUACUAUCCAGACGGACGACAACUGUGCUGAUAUCGCGGCUCAUUUUGGUAUUACCCAAGAUGAUAUCUAUGACCUCAACGAAGAUACUUGGGGGUGGGCUGGCUGUGGCACGAACGAUCUCAAACCAGAUUAA